AAGUAGGAAAAUAUUUUGGUUUUUACGUUCUAAUCGAAUUAUUUAAUCAUUUCAAAGAAUUAUUUUAUAAAUAUGCAUAAAUGUUGAAAUCCAAAGCUUUAUUACAAUCUGCCAAGAUAACUUUGGUAAAACCAAAAGAAUUAACAGUUCUUACACACUCCAAAAGAACAUGUACUACUCAAACAAGUGCUACAGAAGAGGAAAAAGAAAAGGAACUCGAGAGGAUAGCCAAAGAUGCCUCAAUAGAUGACCCUCCUACGGCUUGCUGUCGCUCUGGCUGCUCCAACUGUGUGUUCAUAGUGUGGGCUGAAGCACUAGCCAACAAGAUGCAGAAUGCAGGGCCGGAAAUACAAGAAAAGGUACUUAAAAUGGUGGAUGAUCCCUCAAUGAAAGCUUACUUGGAAAUGGAACUAAGGAUUCGGUUUAAAAAAAAGUAGAUAGAUGUAGAUAUAGUCAGCAGCAUAUGAGACUAAAUUUUUUUGCUUGAAAAUGUCAUCUAUCUCAACUAAUUAAGGUGUAACAAAUAAAUGAAAAUGUGAAAAUAAAUAAAAAAAUAACAGUGAUUAUGUCUUAAUAUGCUGUUGUCCAUACACUUUAAUAUGUAGUCCUGUAGAUUAUUGUAACUAGUUUUACAGUAGAUAGACCUGUAAAUAAGUUUGUGCUAUUAAAUUUGAUUGUUAAUAAGAUAUUAAAAUUUUGUAAGUAAUUAAGAUGUUAUCCAUCUAUAUAACUAGUCAUUAGAUAUUAUUGUUGUUCCUUAUAUCUAUGUAUUUGGAAUGUAAUAGAUACCUGAUAAUAAAAUACUGUUAUUUAUUUAUCUCUAUCUAUCUGAGUGGUUCUUAAACCUUUAAGUCACGAGGGACCAUUAUACCAAAUUUCUAUCUUGUCAGGACCACUUUUUUUUUUUUUCAUUAUCCUGUAAAAGGGGUGGUCGAUUUCUCGCCCACUGUGCGCCGUUUGCAUUGUUUACUCGACUCUUCACGUCACGUCACUUGUUUAUUACGACGUCUUCGCGGACCACUUGAAAUUCCUCCAGGGACCACCAGUGGCCCGCGGACCACCGGUUAAGAACCACUGAAUUCUAUGUAAACCCUGUCUGCCAUCUCUCUUAUCUAUCUUGGAGGGGUAAAAGAAAGUGCAAUGAAAUUUUAUUAUAAAAAUUUAUUUAUUCAUCAUCAACA